UAAUGAAGAGCCCAUCCUUUUUCUUCUCUAAUAAUAAUAAAUCCCACCUCAAUAACCCUACUUCCUUCACUCUUUUCCUUCUCUAUGCUAUGGUCAAGGGUGAUACAUUUCUUUUGAGCCAAAAAAAAAAAAAAAAUCAUUUUUGUUGCUGCCUGGGAUCGAACUGCAAACUUGUAGUGAACAAGGAUCAAUUUGAAGAAGACCCAAAUGAAUAUUGUUUGUCAGACAUGUGGUGGUACCGGCUCCAGAGACUGCAUGGUUACGUGUAACAUCUGCCGAGAAAUUUCUGAGCAUGUCUUUUGUAUGCGAAAAAUACUUCGGCCCGUCCCAGAAGUGUGGCGCUGUGAUGGCUGUUCUGAAACUCUUUCUGAAGAUGGAAAUGUUCAACUCACAAAUUGGAGUACUGUAGGAGAUCAUGCCGAAACUAAAACUUCACAUGGAAAGGAAAUUGUUAUGAACUAUGAAAGUUCCGCCCGAACUGCUGUUAGAAAAAAGAAGUUAUUUGAGAUGAAGAAGCUAUUAUCUGCCAAAUAUGGUUUCUCUAUGUUACCUGAUUUUCAUAAGGAGGAGAGUGUAUUAGUCACAAGCUCACCUCGUUCCAUCUGUAAUAGUUUUGUUCCUAAUGAACAUGUUGCCGUGUUUCCAUCUGAACUUAUAUCAAGAACAUCUGAUAUAGAGUCUGACACUCUGAUGUUAGCUAGAGGCAGUGAUUUCCUCUAUGGUACAACGCAUACCCACCAUCCUUCCAUGAAGCAAAAUUCCCCAGAGAAAUCAAUAACCUCUAUAUCCAGACUUUCAAGCUCGAAGAACUUUGGGGUCAAGGCUAAUCUUGGAAAGAGAUCAAUUAAUCUUGACACUCCUCUUUCUCCCUCAAAGUUUCUUGUGGUUCCGAAGAGUAUUAAUAAUGGUAAGUACGGAAUGAACAUGGAGAACGAAGUUUCAGAUGUAUAUGCCUUAUGUAAGAACCAAUUUUGUGUCUUUUUAGCUACUUCUUAUGUUUGUCUUUUGUUUUAA